CCCGAGUCCAAACAUAUUAAUCGCGACAAAUAACAAGGAUCACAACAAAAUAUAAUGCAAUUACACACGCCAACGGAACGAGGCAUUCGCGACAAUGAUUCAUGGGCUCAACUUGACACAUGUAACUAAUAUAUUCAACCUUAAACCCGAUUCGUGUCAUCGCGUGUGUAACCGGCUUUAGUUGACGACAAAACCGCUCGCGAACGGGGAGCGACGACCAGUCACCGGUUACAAGGAAAUAAGUAACGACGUUCGCGAUUGCACCGAUAUUAAUUUAUCGAAAACAAAAAAAAUAUUUUUAAGAAAGUAAUUUUAUUGUGACUUGGCGGUUUUUUUUUUAAAUUUUAGAUUUUGACAAGUGAUCAUGUGAAUGCUACGUUCGUAGACAAAUGCUACGCUUCGUAGCCAUGCUACGAGGAUGCUACGGAUUCGUAGCCGAUGCACUGAUUUGAUGUUUUGAUUAGCCGUCGAAAGCCGCGCGAUUGAUGAUACGAAUCAAUUAUGAAGGCUCGCGGACUCGUGCACGCACUAAUAGAAAAGGUCGCGUGACUCCGUGCGUUAGGGCGUAGCGUCGAGUGGGAAUAUGGUCCUGUGGCAGUCCUCGCAGCGGCCUAUGUACGUGAGGACUGUGUGGGUGGGCGACUACCGACACGCCAUACUCACGCACGACGACCCUUACCUGCUCAAACUCCACGCCAAGCGACGCAGACCCAACUCCUCGGCCAGCUGCACCACCGCCAGCUCCCGGCUCAGCCAACGCUCCGACGACUUACAGGAGUGUCUGAGGAAACUCAACCUCGUACUCAAGAGCGACAAGUCGCGCAUCAACAAGAGACCGGUCACCGGUGAUAUAGAGCGUCUCAACUUGCAUGGCGUGGACCAAGACUACGACGACGAACUAAUCGUGCGAGCCAGUGCACACACAGACUCUAACGACGGUAACUACGAUAGUCUCAAUAUCAAUAUGAGGAACCUGAGAGCUAACAAAACGGCGAGAGUCGACGCUAAGGAGAAUACUGAACUGUCAGAACGAGUCCUACAAUGGCUCGACUUAGCGGGCAAAAUAGAUUUGCUGGCACCAGAAAACGUGGAACGAAUGUCGCAGCCUCGACACAGCUGGCCGGAGCUGCAGCGUCGAAACCAUAAUUUGUCGAAAUCGAAAACAGCCACCGACAUACAUAAGGAAGCCGGGCGCACAUCGCCGAAAGGGGGGGACAGUCCAAAAGCGCAACAAAGUGGGAAUAUUGAUCGGCACGAAUUUUAUGUGCCGACGUCUGCGAACACGAUCGAGAACUACGCGCGACAGUCACGGAACGCCAAGAGCACGCCACGGCACGAGACAAACGUCAAAAUAAAAGAUAAUCACAACAAAACAAGGUCCAGAGAGCUAAGAACCAACGUGACGGAGACGCGGCUCAAGGUGAUCAGUGAGAAGAACGCGGUUGAGAAGCAAUACGCGGAGAUGUUGAACAAGAAGCUGAUACCCGACGUGAGCAAGAACCCGAAGCGACAGGUUCACAUCUUCAUGCCCGAGCUGCCGAAGAAGCCGGAGCCCCCGGCCCCGGCGAGUAGGACUGAGAGUUUGCUUUCACAACCCUCGUAUAAAAGUUUGAAGUUUGACACAACAGCGAAGAAGUAAAAGUAUAAUUUAUGAACGCUUUU